AUAUAUUUGAAAACACAAAAUUUAUCGUUCAAAAGUAGAUGUAGUACAAAUUGCAAUAAUUAUAUUUUUAAGUCUUCUCUUAAGACUUUUCCAACAUGGUUUUCUUCCUUGUACCAUUGAUAACAUUUGGUGCUGGUGUCUUUGCUGGCUUUUAUAUCAAUCAAAAUUAUGAGGUUCCACAGUUAGAAAGCCCGGUGGUCUACUAUCGUAAAGUAAAAGAUUUCGUUGAUGAAUAUCGCAACAAGAUCGUAUGUUUUGUUUCGAGUUUCUUCUGAAAUAUCAUUAAUUAUGACUGGAACCAAGUUUAUCGAAAUUCCAACUGAAAAAGUAUUUUUAAUACAGAAAAUUUAAAUAUGGACAAGGUAACGAAACCUACUAAAGAACCUUUAAUUGGAAAAUGUUAAAACUAUAAACAUAAGUGAUUUAAAGAAAAUAAAUCAUAAUCAGAAAUUCCAGUAUGUCGCAAUAAGAAAUCAAAUUAUCAGUAACAUGGGAAAUUUGGUACUCAAGCACCUUUCUAUAUUAGGCAAUAGUUUCUUUUGAUACUCAAGUGAGAUUCCUCUAUAUAUAUAAG